AUGCAUUCAUCAUGGACACCGCCUCCUAUCGGCUCCAGGCCUCUUGCACUCCUCGGUGCGGGUGUUUUGGGCCGUCGAAUCGCCUGUGUCUUUGCCGCAGCAGGAUACAACGUCAAUUUAUACGACCCGUCUCUCAGCGCACAACAGGCCGCGCUGGACUACGUCACGCAAAAUCUGAAAACGUAUUCGAAGUUUUCCAAAGGGAACCGCCGCUUCGGCCACUGUCGCGCGUUCUCCGACCUUGAAAGCACUGUGAGCGACGCCUGGUUGGUCAUUGAAGCAGUUCCCGAACAUCUACAAAUGAAGAUUGAUGUCAUGGGCGAGCUCGACAAGUUAGCGCCGGUGGAUUGUAUCUUGGCCUCCAACUCCUCGUCGUUCAAGUCGCGAUUCAUGCUCGAGAAAGUUGGUGGGCACAGACGGCCGUUGGUCUGCAAUAUGCAUUUUUAUAUGCCACCAGAAAAGCGGGUUGUCGAGUUGAUGACUGACGGAGAAACCUGGCCUGAGGUCUUUCCAUUUCUGACAAGAGUCCUGGAGGAUGUUGGCAUGGUUCCGGUAACUGCUCGCCGAGAGUCCACUGGUUUCGUUUUCAAUCGCCUCUGGGCAGCCAUUAAGCGCGAAGUUAUAACCAUCUUGGCCGAAGAAGUCUCCGAACCGAAAGAGAUCGACAAGAUCUGGGUUGAGAUGUUUCACAAUGCGGCUGGGCCUUGUACCUUUAUGGAUCAGGUUGGCCUGGAUACUGUUGCAUUCAUUGAAGACCAUUAUAUCGAGGAGCGCCAAUUAGGUUCUACGUUGGCCGUUGACUGGCUACGCAAAAACUAUGUCAAUCAAGGGAAACUGGGCAAUAAAAGUGACAAGGGCGGCCUCUAUCCUCCUCGACCUGCAUUUAAUUCUUCGAAUCUGCCCACAGUCUACUUCCUCGAUAUUGGACUGGGUUCAAUUGUACAGGAUCUUUCGGCACUUGGAAAGUCGGGUCGCAUCCUCCGACGAACCAGUGAUGGAGAGUGCGAAACACUCAUCACCAACUUGAACUGUCCUGACGGGAUUGACUAUUCGCCCUCUGUUGGCCGCAUUUUCUGGACAAACAUGGGAAUGAGACCGGCCGCAAACGAUGGCUCCGUCAUGUCUGCCAACUUGGACGGCAGCGACGUACAGGUCGUGCUACCAGAAGGCGCCGUGCAUACACCCAAGCAACUUGUUGUGGACGACACGAACCAAAAGCUUUACUUCUGCGAUAGGGAGGGAAUGCGCAUCCACCGGUGCGACUUCGAUGGUCAAAACCAUGAAAUUUUGGUGUGCAGGGGUGAUUUUGGUACCGAAGACCAGAAUGACCAAACCCGUUGGUGUGUUGGAAUUACCAUUGAUGAAACGCGCGGCAAAAUUUAUUGGUCUCAGAAGGGUCCCUCUAAGUCGAAUCAGGGACGCAUUUUCCGUGCAAAUAUCAAGAUGCCUGCUGGUGAGACGGCUACCAACCGAACAGAUAUUGAAUCUCUUCUUGAGGGGUUGCCUGAACCGAUCGACCUCGAAAUCGACACAGAGACUGAGACGCUCUAUUGGACUGACCGCGGGGAGCACCCGUAUGGCAACACAUUGAACCAGGCAUCCGUUGGCGCGGGGAAACCUCAUCUAAAGAUAUUGGCCCGUCAUUUUAACGAGCUUAUCGGGAUGAAGGUUGACUGGGCAAACCGGCAAAUUUACCUCAGUGACUUGGGAGGAUCUCUAUAUAGGGUUGAUAUGGAUGGGUCCAACAAGACUGUCCUCCAUAGCGACGAGGGUAGCUACUCUGGUAUCACUUUGGUUUGA